UACCUUUUUUUAUUUUUUAAAGUAACUCCUCGGUCUGUCAAUUUCAUAUAUUCAAAAUAUUCCAUAAAUUGAAAAUAAAAAAUUAUUUCAUUAGAGAUUAUACUAAGAUGACAUUUGGGCAAAGAGACAAUACACUAGUCUUUUUCCAUCGAAAUCAUGGGAAUUUUGAAAAUUGUACCAUCAGUGGCAUAGAUGCUUUUCCGAAUUGGUUUACCGAAGCUGCUGUCCGUUAUGACUAUGUUUUGCUAUGUUUUCUUAUCAACAUGUAUCUGUUCUUGGGAGUGGCCAUUGUGUGUGACGAAUAUUGUGUACCUUGUGUGGAAAGAUUAUGCUAUAAGUUGGGAAUGAGCUAUGAUGUUGCUGGUGCUACAUUUCUUGCCAUGGCAACUUCAGCUCCUGAAUUUUUUGUAAAUUUGUAUGCAACAUUUUUGACAGAAGGUGACAUGGGUAUUGGAACAAUAGUGGGGUCCUCGACUUUCAACAGCCUGGCCAUAACUGCAUUCUGUGGAUUUGCAGCAGGGGUGGGUUUCUCCUUGGAUUGGUGGCCUCUGUCCCGUGACCUUUUGUGGAACACUUUAAAUAUUUUACUGCUGGCAUUGUUUAUGUAUGAUGGUCAUAUACUUUGGUACGAAGCAUUUGCUUUAUUCCUAUGCUUCUUGGCCAACACGGCUAAUCUUACAAUGGAUGCAGCCAUACAAAGCAAAAUCCGAGAUCGUAAUAAACCUUGUCCUUGCAUUUGCUAUGUGCCUAGGGGUGCUGUUCAAGAUUUUGAAGUUAUGCUUGACCCAGAGAAUUCUGGCGAAAAUGCCUAUAAUUUCUCUCAUUGGCCUGUGGAUAGCAGUGUUUGGGCAAAAUGUAUCUGGUCAUUGUCAUUUCCCCUAGAAUUGCUUAUGUUUCUGACCAUCCCAAAUGUUCGAAGGGAUUGUGCUCGCACUUGCUAUUUGCUUGGACUUGUUAUGUCCGUAGUAUGGAUAUCGAUUUUGACAUAUUUGAUUUCGUGGAUGCUUACCGUGGUUGGCUAUUAUUUGCAAAUUCCCGAUUCCAUCAUGGGUAUAACCUUUUUGGCAAUUGGAACCAGUAUUCCCGAAGCCAUAUCUAGCGUUAUUGUAGCAAAAAAAGGUUAUGGCUCUAUGGCAGUUUCUAAUGCUGUGGGUUCCAACAAUUUCAAUAUUUCAUUUUGUCUAGGUUUUCCUUGGCUCCUGAAAACUCUUUUCUCUACUCAAAAUUCCAAUAUGAAUGCAAUCAUCAUCAAUUCUGCCAGCAUAUUUCAUUCCACUUUGAUUUUGGUGGCCUCUUGUGUCAUAUUGUAUUGUUCAUUUCUAUUGACAAGAUUCCAGUUGGGACUACGUGUUGCUGUGAUUUGUAUGCUCUCAUAUCUGGCCUAUAUUGUCUUGGCUGUCGCGCUUGAAAUGUAUGUGUUCAGUGAUGAAAACCUGCCACAUUGUCCUCAUAAACCCUAAACCCUACAAUAAAGAAUUUGAACAAUUUAACUGAAA